GUGACCACACAAAGGUGGGCGGUUCCGUUCUGUGUUUCCGGAAACAUGGAGGCUGUCGUGAGCGAUGUGGUAGCCCCUGAAGAUCUUUUAAAAUUUGAGAAGAAGUACAAUGCUGAAUUGGGGAAGGGCGCCGUUUCCAAAGAAACCAAGUUUGAAUACGCCUGGUGUCUGAUCAGGAGUAAAUACUCAAAUGACAUCAAGAAGGGAAUAUCACUGCUGGAAGAGCUGGUUCAGAAAGGAACAAAGGAUGACUCUCGGGACUUCUUGUUCUACCUGGCUGUGGCCAACUACAGACUGAAAGAGUACGAGAAAGCCCUGAAGUACAUCCGGACUCUGCUGAAGAACGAGCCGGGGAACAAGCAGGCUUUGGAGCUGGAGAAACUCAUCGACAAGGCUUUGAAGAAAGAUGGCUUGGUCGGCAUGGCGAUCGUCGGGGGAAUCGGCCUGGGCGUGGCUGGAUUAGCGGGCCUCAUCGGAUUGGCUGUGUCCAAAGGAGUAGCAAAGUCCUAACGUGGAUGUGGGAUGGUCUUCAUUUUGCUGACCAAAAAAUUUCCAAGAAGGACUGACACACUCAACCCUCCCCCCUUCAUAACAACUUAAAAGCUUUGAAAAGAAUCGAUUGGUGUCUUUUUGGAGAGAGUUUGAAGGAAUUCCCUUUUUUGCUAUAACCCAUAAUAUCAGUAAGGAAUAAUUAAAGUUUUGAUCUAAUGUAUUUACAAUAUCAGCACACAAAGGGUUUGAUAAGUGCCAGUGAUUAACCUGUUGUCAUAUUUUAACAGGGUGACGAUUUUCAGCAUAUACGAAGCGACUUAAUUGUGUAAGCAUACACUAUAGCAUGGCACUUUCUCAUUAUUCAUGUAAAUAAACUAGAAUAGACACAAUGCAGAUCAGUUAUAUGUAAUUUCUUGGUAGGGUGCACGUCAGCAUAAACCUCAUAAGUUGGCUUCAAAGCACUUGGAUUUUGUAAAAAAAAAAACUAAGAAAAAAAUUCUUUACAAAAGUGCAAUUUUGUUUUGAUUACUGCUGUCCUGUUGUUUCUGACAUCGAAGAAGAAAAGCAAAGUUAAGGAAAGUGUUACUAGUGUAGGGGCAGGUGUAGUGUGAUAGUUUACAAUGCCAAAAAGUCACAACGUGGUUUUGUUUGUGGUAGAAUCUGGUCGUUGUUAAGGCAGCUGUGACUCCCCCCUUACUGCUUAUAGGCGAUUAUAAGCCCAGCUGCUUCUCUGGAGUACACAAGCUUUGUGAAUGAUGUGAGCACGGAGAGACAUUACAUUUAAUCCUGGAGAUUUGGUUUGUUUCCAUGUGUUGAGAUCAUACAUUUUAUCCACGGAGGCAACACACUCGGUGGAAAUUAACCGUUUUUGUGACAUAAGAUGCUUUUCUUUACAUCCUAGACAACUGCUGUGUCUAAUUUGACUUGUUUUCCCUCAUCGAAUAAAAUAAUCCUGAGCUGACGAAAGA